AUGGCGAUCGCUUGGGGUCGGCGCGCGCUGACGGCGCUGGUGGGGAUCCCGACGGCGCUGCGGCUGCUGAGCUCGGACGUGGGCAUGCUGUGCCUCGCCACGACGCUGUGCUGCCUGUCGCUGGUGGAGUUCACCGCCACCAUCUGCCCGCAGAUCGUGCCGCAGCCCAAGGCGCGGGUGGAGAAGCAUUUGCAUCACGUGCUGCUGGUUGCGUCGGGUGCGCUGCUGUGUGGGGGCGCGUGGACGGGAAGCAAGCUCGUACACGACGCGCUGAGUCUCGUUGCGACGCUGGUGAUCGUCAUCUUCCACAUUGCGACCACCAAGAAGAUGGACCAGACAGCGCUGAUCAGGCUCCUGCUGGAUCUGCUCGCGCUGCUGUACAUCGUGAACGGCUUCAGCCACGCCGUGCUGCUGCGGUACAGCUCCGGCAAGUAUGGACUCGGGCUGCAGAUCCUCGGACUGUGCUGCGCGUGGGUCUGCGAUAGCGGUGCUCUUGUCGCGGGCUCCUUCAUGGGCCACGCUAAGCUUGCGCCGGUUGUCAGUCCAGGCAAGACCCUCGUGGGGGCUAUUGCUGGCGUCAUUUCGAGCGUCGCCACGGUUCUGGUGCUGUUUGCGCUCCCACGACUUGCUGCUGAGCUGCCGGUCGUUGGUCAGUGGUCGCACGAGCUGCUGCCCCCGCAGGAGGUGGUGUCCGUCACGCAUCAGAUGGUGCUCGGUGUGGUGCUCGGAGUCUUGUGCAUCGCUGGCGACCUGGUUGAGUCCUACGUGAAGCGCGUCGCCGGAGUGAAAGACUCGGGAGCUUUCUUCCCUGGCCACGGCGGCUGCCUCGACCGCAUGGACAGCUUUCUGUUUGUCGCGCCGUGCUUGUACUUCUACAGCCAGUUCGCUCUGCCCUGA